AGGUAUUGCAUCAUAAAGCUGGCGAAAGUCGAAACACUAGACUAUAAAAGAAGCAAGUACUGAGUAUUCGUCGGAAGCUUCUACCUCAAGUCAUAAUCGUCAUCGCAUUUUCCCUGAUUAUCGCUAUAUUUCCUCCCCAAUUUCUCUCUCCUCCGAUAUCGCCGGAUUGCUGUUCUUCAUCAUCCACCUUCAAUUCCAAGGUCUGUCGUCGCUGCUUGUAGAAUAACCGGCGUUGUGUUUUGGGUUAUAAUUUGGAACUAGAGGGGUUUGUGAAGAUGAGUGAUAACUUGAUGGAUAAAGUGACCUCAUUGGGUGAGCGCCUAAAGAUUGGUGGGACUGAGGUUGGUAAGAAAAUGAGUGCUAGUGUGAGCUCGAUGAGUGACAAGAUGAAGGAAUUAUUCCAAGGGCCGAAUCAGACGGAUAAGAUUGUUGAGGAGGCCACUGCGGAGACCCUCGAGGAGCCAGAUUGGGCCACGAAUCUGGAGAUAUGUGACAUGGUUAAUCAAGAGAGAGUCAAUAGUAUUGACUUGAUUCGAGGGAUAAAGAAGCGGAUUAUGUUAAAGACCCCUAGGGUUCAGUAUUUGUCUAUGGUGUUGCUCGAAACUGUUGUUAAGAACUGCGAGAAAGCCUUCUCUGAGGUGGCAUCUGAGAGGGUUCUUGAUGAGAUGGUGAAGUUGAUUGAUGACCCUCAAACUGUGAUUAUGAACAGGAACAAGGCACUUAUGUUAAUUGAAUCCUGGGGGGAGUCUUCAAACGAACUCAGAUACUUGCCUGUAUUUGAAGAAACAUAUAAGAGCUUGAGAUCGAGAGGAAUCCGGUUCCCAGGACGUGAUGAUGAGAGUUUGGCACCCGUUUUUACCCCUCCUCGCUCUGUCCCUGAAGCAGAAGUGAAUGCAACUCUUGCACAGCCUGAUAUUCCAGUACAAAGCUUCUCAGAAGAAGACACAAAAGAAGCAUUUAAUGUAGCACGGAAUUGCUUAGAGCUUCUUUCAACCGUUCUAUCAUCUUCUCCCCAACAAGAUGUGCUGCAGGAUGAUUUGACUACGACGCUUGUACAACAGUGUCGCCAGUCCCAGUUCACUGUUCAGAGGAUCAUUGAGACUGCUACUGAUAACGAGGCUCUCCUCUUUGAGGCCCUCAAUGUAAACGAUGAGAUCCAGAAAGUCCUCUCCAAGUACGAUGAUAUGAAACUGCCUUCUACUAUGGCAUCAGCACCAGAGCCAGCCGUGAUUCCUGUUGCUGUUGAGCCUGAAGAGUCUCCCCGAGGUGUGAAAGAAGAUUCACUUGUAAGGAAACCAUCAGGAUCCCGGGGCAAUUCUCAUGGAGGACAACACGAUGACAUGAUGGACGAUCUUGACGAGAUGAUCUUCGGCACCAAAUCUGUCACCCCAUCAAAUUCCGGCAUUGAGCCUAAGAAACCAGACUCAGCUAAAGAUGAUUUCAUCUCCUUCUAACUUCUGCAUUUUAUGCAAAGGAGAGAUCUUCUGGUGUUCUGUAUUGCUGUUUGAUGAUGCCUGGAUAUGUGUUUGAGACCUAAAGGAAUAUAAUGCAUAAGAAUUUUAUAGAUGUGAUGUAGAGGACUUAUAACAUUUACAUUGUCUAUGGCCGCUCCUCUGUAAGUAGAUUUGGAUACUUCAUACUUUGGUGUGUGAUUUGAGUAAUGUUGAAUUCUUUAGGAGCUGUGCUUGUAAUUCCAUUGGUACACUAAUUCAUGCCU